AAGGCACCGACACCUCCUGGGGAGAGCAGCAGCAGGAGCAGGGAGGCAGCCAAGAAAAAAACCGGCGUCGCUUCCUCUUGUCCCAAAAAAUCGGGAUCCGCGGGCAAUUCCAACGAGCCCAUGCUGAAACUGGCCAAUUUGCAGUUGCCACAUGGGAGGAAAAGAGGUGCAGAGGUCCUGGCUGCAGAAAUUGUCCACAAACCCCAGUGUGAAGGUGCUGAGAAGGAGAAGGAAAGCUCAGCUCCCAAUGGUCCUUCUGUGGAGGCAAAGAGGCCAAAAACCCUGGAAAACGUGGACACAAAGAAGGCUCCUGUCACCGAGAGUGGCACAAAGCCAGGGAAAAGCAAAGUGCAGAAAAACCUGGAAAACAGAGCAGCAAAACCUCCGGAGAAGCAGCAGGAAGGGAGCGAGCGGAAGGCGCUGCCCUCGGAGCUCCCCAGCGAGGCCUCAUCCCAGCCCCCUGGAGCAGAAAUCCCAAGGAAUGUUCAUCCCAUGGCGAUUCCCAGCGUUGCCUUUGCCCUGCCCGGGGACAACAGCGACUCCCACGCCCUGAACCUGCUGGCUGACCUGGCCCUGGGCUCCUGCAUCCCUGCCUUUAUUCCCAAAGAUUCUGGGAUGGCCCCCGUGGAACCCGGGGACUCCUGGGAGCAGCGGAGCCCCUCCGAGCCCAAAUCCCUGCGCGUGGCCUCCGACCACAAAUACCACAGGGCAGACAAGCAGGGCAAGAAACCCACCUCCAGCAAGGUGUCCCCCGGGCCAGGCGCUGCCUGAGCCAGCGGAUCCCAGCCCGCUGGCCUCUCCUCCCAGGGAAAAAACCCCUGGAAUUCUCAGCAGGGGCAGCAGCGCCGCGUUCCAGGUGUUCCCUCCCCGCCGAGCUCCGCCGGCCUGCGAGGCCAGC